AUCAUUAUAAAGAAGUAUUAUUACAAACAAAAACAUUUUCCACAACUUUUAAAACCUGUCUGACCGUUUCAGCUUUAUAUAUAUCUAUUAUUAUUAUUAUUAUUAUUAUUAAUAUUAUUAUUAUUAAUAUUGUAAUUAUUAUUUACAGCGAUAACUUUUUCAAUUUUUACACCACAGGGGGCAGUGAAAUGAUGCUUAAAAGAAGAACUCUAAUCCCAUGAUGCAUUGCGGCGGUUAGUUUAUAGCUUCCGGUCCUCAGAAGCUACACGUUGCUAACAGACGUUGAUGCAGAUGUUAUACCGAAUGUAAUGUGUUUAAGAGACUUCUAAAACACAUACAAAGAGUUAGUUUAUCCUUGGAGGGUGAUUUAUCCGUUAAACCGUGUCGUUGCCUCCCGUUCUUUGUUCGUAGCUUUGUAUACCACUUGGCUGAUCGGUAAACAUAAGUAAAGGCAUUAAACGGAGAUUAGUGUGUUUAACGGCAGUGUUUUAUCAAGGAGAAGAAAUACUGAGCAACCAGGACGAAGAGGAGAGAGAGAGACACAGCCGGAGAAGGAGCACUGAGAGCAACAUGGAGGAGAAUAAAAAGACCCCUGGAGCUCAGAAACUGAAAGGAAGAGAGAGACGUCACAGCUGUCAGCAAUGUGAAAAAUCCUUUACAACAUCUGCACAUUUAAAGUGUCACUUGCGUAUUCAUACAGGAGAAAAACCGUACAGCUGUGAAGAGUGUGGGACAACAUUCACUAGAUCUGGUCAUCUCAAAGCACAUAAACGUAUUCACACUGGAGAAAGACCGUACAGCUGUGAAGACUGUGGGACAACGUUCAAGACAUCAAAUGAACUCAAAUCACAUCAACGUAUUCACACUGGAGAAAAACCGUACAGCUGUGAAGAGUGUGGGAAAACUUUCACUACAUCAAGUGGUCUCCAAAAACAUCAACGUAUUCACACAGGAGAAAAACCGUACUGGUGUGUAGAGUGUGGGAAAACGUUCACUCAAUCAGGUGAUCUCCAAAAACAUCAACGUAUUCACACAGGAGAAAAACCGUACUGGUGUGAAGUGUGUGGGAAAAUGUUCACUCAAUCAGGUGAUCUCCAAAAACAUCAACGUAUUCAUACAGGAGAAAAACCGUACAGCUGUGAAGAGUGUGGGAAAACAUUCAGGGAAUCAGGUAAUCUAAAAACACAUCAACGUAUUCACACUGGAGAAAAACCAUACAGCUGUGAAGAGUGUGGGACAACAUUCAGGGAAUCAGGUCAUCUAAAAACACAUCAACGUAUUCACACUGGAGAAAAACCAUACAGCUGUGAAGAGUGUGGGACAACAUUCACUCAAUCAGGUGAUCUUCAAAAACAUCAACGUAUUCAUACAGGAGAAAAACCGUACAGCUGUGAAGAGUGUGGGAAAACAUUCAGGGAAUCAGGUCAUCUAAAAACACAUCAUCGUAUUCACACAGGAGAAAAACCGUACUGGUGUGAACAGUGUGGGAAAACGUUCACUUCAUCAGGUGCUCUCCAUAAACAUCAACGUAGUCAUACUGGAGAAAAACCGUACUGGUGUGAAGAGUGUGGGAAAACGUUUUCUCAAAGUUCUCACCGUAAAGUCCAUGAGCGAAUCCACACCGCAUAGUUUUGAACAACUAUGAGAGCCAAGCUAGCUGUUUCCUCCUCCUGAUGUCCUGAGAGCUGUAUUAUUAUAUUUGAAGAGUCUUUCUGAAUUGAAGUCUGACUAACAGACUUCAAUUCACAGAGUUAGUCUCGUUUGAUGUCCCUGGACAAGCCCUGAGGUCCUCUUCAGCUUUUUAAAUAUUCCUAGUCCUCCAAAAUAAAAUGGGCGAGGCUUUUAUCCACUACGCUCCCAAACUGUGGAAUACCAGGAAAUAUCAGAGAGGCUCAGUGGACAUUUUUAAACGCCAGCUAAAGACACAUCUCUUUAGAUUAGCUUUUUAUUAGCAACCUCCCACUUUAAAUGGUCUUUUAGUCUUUAUUAUUUACCUACUUUUAUAUUGUUUUAUAUAUGAUAUAGGAAGGGUUUUAUGUUAUAUUGGUUUUUUAACCGUUUCAAUAACAUUUAUUUUUGACGUUGGUUUCUUUAUAUUUUAAUAAUUUAACCUUUAUUAGAAUUAUGACGUUUUUAUUAUUAUUCAUUCGUAUUUGUAUUUCUGUUUUAUAUUGUUGCAUCUAUUCACUUGUGUCUUAUCUUUCUGAGAGAAAUCAUAAUUUUGUUUUCAUAAUCCUUCUCCUCUGGGCUGCGCAUGUGCCGUGUGCAGCAUGUGUAGUGUGGUGUCUCCGUGUGAGACCUGUUAGUUUCACUUGUUCAUUGUUACGAAAUGUUCUCCAGUUUAUCUUUGUGCAUUGAGUACUUCAGUCACUUUCUUUUAGGAGAAAGUUGUUCUCAGUUCAUCUUAAGUUUGUUUUGUAAAUUGGCUGGUGAGCCUUCUUCCUUUUCAAAAAAAUAAACAUUAUCUACUACUUUUGCCUAA